CAAGACCCAAACACGGCCUUCCUGCGCGCUGCACGAGCCGGCCAAUUGGAUAAGAUACAAGAGUAUUUGGACAGCGGAACGGUCAGGGAUAUUAAUACUUCGAACGCCAAUGGAUUGAAUGCGCUGCAUUUGGCUGCCAAGGAUGGACACGUGGAGGUCGUCCAGGAGUUGCUGAAGCGCGACGCCAUCGUCGAUGCGGCCACCAAGAAAGGAAAUACGGCUUUGCAUAUUGCUUCCCUCGCUGGUCAAGAGGAUGUAGUAAGAUUGCUCAUUCAACACAGUGCUUCGAUCAACGUUCAAUCGCAGAAUGGAUUCACGCCUCUGUACAUGGCGGCGCAGGAGAACCACGACGGAGUUGUCAAGUAUCUUCUAGCCAAAGGUGGAAAUCAGACUUUGGCCACUGAGGAUGGAUUCACGCCACUUGCUGUAGCCAUGCAACAGGGCCACGACAAAGUGGUGGCUGUUCUACUCGAGAAUGAUACCAGAGGGAAGGUUCGACUUCCUGCUCUUCAUAUUGCCGCCAAGAAGGACGACUGCAAAGCUGCCGCUCUGCUCCUACAAAACGAACAUAAUGCCGAUAUAACAUCCAAGAGUGGAUUCACCCCGUUGCAUAUUGCCGCCCAUUAUGGUAACGAUAAGGUGGCUUCCCUUCUGUACGAGAAGGGGGCUGACAUCAACUACACUGCCAAACAUAACAUCACUCCGCUUCACGUCGCUAGCAAGUGGGGCAAGAUGAACAUGGUUUCACUGUUGGUGGCCAAAGGAGCAGACAUCCAGGCGAAGACAAGGGAUGGUCUUACACCAUUGCAUUGCGCUGCGCGCAGCGGACACGAUCAGGUUGUUGAUAUGCUUCUGGAGAAUGGAGCCCCGAUGCACUCGAAGACGAAGAAUGGUUUGGCGCCCCUGCAUAUGGCAGCACAAGGGGAGCACGUGGAUGCGGCUCGAAGUCUGCUGUACCAUGGCGCUCCAGUGGAUGAAGUCACCGUGGAUUAUCUAACUGCCUUGCACGUUGCCGCCCAUUGCGGUCACAUCAGGGUGGCCAAGUUGCUUCUGGAUCGUGGAGCGGAUCCCAACGCGAGAGCUUUGAAUGGAUUCACGCCGCUUCACAUCGCCUGCAAGAAGAACAGACAGAAAAUGGUUGAGCUUCUGCUGAAGCACGGAGCUAACAUCGGAGCAACGACGGAGAGCGGAUUGACGCCUCUGCACGUCGCCAGCUUCAUGGGUUGCAUGAACAUUGUCAUCUACCUUUUGCAGAGAGAGGCCAGUCCCGAUAUCCCAACUGUGCGCGGGGAAACCCCGUUGCAUUUAGCAGCCAGAGCAAAUCAGACUGACAUAAUCAGAAUCCUGUUGAGGAAUGGGGCGGCCGUCGAUGCAAGAGCUCGCGAAGAGCAGACACCUCUUCACGUUGCUUCCAGAUUGGGUAACGUAGACAUCGUUAUGCUGCUGCUGCAGCACGGAGCUCAACCGCACGCAACCACCAAGGACCUUUACACCCCGCUACAUAUUGCUGCCAAGGAAGGACAGGAAGAGGUCGCCAGCGUUCUUCUUGAUAACGGCGCCGAUUUGACCGCAACGACGAAGAAGGGUUUCACUCCCUUGCAUCUGGCCAGCAAGUACGGCCACCUGAACGUGGCUCGUCUCCUCCUGCAGAGGGACGCACCAGCAGAUGCGCAGGGAAAGAACAAGGUGACGCCGCUGCACGUGGCCGCACACUACGACCAUCAGCCGGUGGCCCUUCUCCUUCUGGACAAGGGUGCUUCUCCGCACGCCGUCGCCAAGAACGGACAUACUCCGCUGCACAUUGCCGCCCGCAAGAAUCAGAUGGAUAUAGCAACCACAUUGUUGGAGUAUGGUGCACACGCCGAUGCCGAAUCAAAGGCCGGCUUCACCCCGCUACAUUUAAGUGCACAAGAAGGUCAUUCCGACAUGUCUUCCCUGUUGCUGGAACAUCAAGCAAAUCCAAAUCACGCUUCUAAAAACGGCUUAACACCUUUGCACUUGUGCGCUCAAGAGGACCGAGUGUCCGUGGCCAAACAGCUAUUGAGAGCCGGCGCCGUUAAAGAUGCAAGGACCAAGCAGGAUUACACUCCACUCCACGUGGCUUGCCAUCACGGACACGUUAACAUCGUGAGAGUGCUCAUCGAGCAAGGAGCUGAAGUGAAUCCCACAACUACAUCGGGAUACACGCCACUUCAUCAGGCUGCCCAGCAGGGCCACGUCCUCGUCAUCAAUCUUCUCCUGAAGCACAGGGCCGAUCCGAACGCCGUCACCAACAACGGACAAACGGCUUUGGGAAUUGCCAACAAAUUGGGCUACAUCAGCGUCGUAGAAGAGCUUAAAGUAGUCACGGAAGUCGACGUGACGACAACGACUACAGUGAAUAUCGAAGAGAAGUACAAAGUGGUUGCUCCGGAAGCGAUGCAGGAAACGUUCAUGUCCGACUCCGAGGAUGAAGGCGGCGGUGUGGAUGAGCCCCAGGUGGCUUAUGGGAGACCUACGCAUGCCCAGCACGUUUAUCUGCCUUACUACCAAGGGAACAUGAACUACACACGGGACGACCUCAUCAGCGACCAGCAGCAGUACAAGUACAUGACCGUCGACGACAUGAAGUCCUUCGGAGACGAUUCUAUGCGACUCGAUGUUACGAACGACGAGAAGAGCGACUACAGAAAUUCUGUCGCUCCUUCACAUACCAGCGAAUAUAUCAUAAGUCCAGCGCACAUCAAGGAAUAUUAUGCGGCGAACACAACCCCGUACACGUACACAGCUCCGGACAACGUCGACAUCAACAGACAACCAAUAACAUGCGGUAACGAGUGGUCAGCGCUAGAGUGGUCAUUGUGUCGUCUGGGUGUCGUCAAGCCUGGCAUGGGCCUGUGCAGAGAAAGAGUCUCAAGUUGGAGGAAUUUUCUGGUGUCUUUCCUGGUGGAUGCCAGGGGAGGUGCGAUGCGUGGAUGCAGACACUCGGGUGUCAGGGUCAUCGUUCCGCCCAGGUGUGCGGCUAGUCCGACGAGGAUUACCUGCAGGUACGUCAGGCCGAAGAGGAUGCCUCAUCCGCCGCCUCUGAUGGAGGGCGAGGCUUUGGCAAGCAGAGUCUUGGAGUUGGCGCCGGUUGCAGCUAAGUUCUUAGGACCGGUCAUCAUCGAAGUGCCGCACUUUGCCUCUCUGCGAGUGAAGCAACGCGAAAUAAUAGUCUUGAGAUCGGACAAUGGGGAAACGUGGAAGGAGCACACUUUGGAAGCGAACGAGGAGGCGAUUCAGGAUGUCCUUCAGCACAGUUUCGAAGGAGAAGAAUUGAGCAAAAUCGACGAUUUGCACACAAAUAGGAUUACGAGGAUCUUGACGAACGAUUUCCCGCAUUACUUUGCGGUUGUUUCCAGGGUGCGACAAGAAGUCCACGCCAUUGGACCGGAUGGUGGUACCGUCUCCAGUUCAGCUGUACCACUCGUUCAAGCAGUCUUCCCAGCAAACGCUCUAACCAAGAAGAUUCGCGUCGGUCUUCAGGCUCAAGCAUUAGAACCGGAGCUCGUUUCGAAGCUAUUGGGCCAUGCCGUCGCCGUUUCACCGAUCGUCACUGUGGAACCGCGUCGUCGCAAGUUCCAUAAAGCCAUCACGUUGAGCCUUCCGGCGCCGAGAGCUCAUUCGCAAGGAAUGAUCAACCAGUACAGCGGAUCCGCUCCAACUCUGAGAUUACUCUGCUCCAUCACAGGAACUAAAUCAGGUGGACAAAAUAAGGCCGUCUGGGAGGAUGUCACAGGAUCGACCCCUCUUUCGUUCGUCAAGGAAUGCGUCUCCUUUACAACGACUGUAUCCGCAAGGUUUUGGCUGAUGGAUUGCAGAAACGUUUCCGAAUCUGCAAAAAUGGCUACAGAGCUUUACACGCAAGCGGCCCACGUUCCAUUCAUGGCGAAAUUCGUGGUUUUCGUGAAGAGGGUGAGCAAUUUGGAAGCCAGAGUGCGCGUCUUCUGCAUGACCGACGACAAAGAGGAUAAGACGUUGGAGCAGCAGGAGCACUUCGUGGAGAUCGCCAAGAGCAGGGACAUUGAAGUGAUGGAAGGGAAGGAUGUGUACAUGGAAUUCGCAGGAAAUCUGGUGCCCGUCCUGCAAUCCGGUGAUCAACCCAAGUUGAACUUUAAGGCAUUCCGCGAAAACAGGAUUGCGUUCACUAUGCGCAUCAAAGAUCAGGACGAAGAACCUGAAGGUAGAAUUGUGUUCAUGAACGAUCCGAAAGUGGCGCGCGGCGAACCCAAUCAGAUUCCACUUUGCACCUUGAAUCUGCCACUACCAAAAGAAAUACUGCCGGAUAGAGAUUCACAGUCCGAUUUACUCUCCAUCGACAAGGAUCACAGUUAUUUGAUCCAUAAAAUCAGUCCAGUUGAUACCAUUCAUCGCGCCGAUUUCCGCUUGACGGAUAUCUCCAAUUUAUUGGACAGCGAUUGGGAUAGGUUAGCCCGUGAAUUGGGUGUUGUGGAUUCCGACAUCCAAUUGAUUCACGAUGAAUAUUCGGACAAUUAUCCGAGACAGGCGAUGGUCAUGUUGCGUUUGUGGCUGAGGAAUCAGCCGAAGAACGCGACUGGAAACAACCUGGAGAGGGCUUUGAAUGCUAUCGGUCGUUCCGAUAUCGUGCAGAAGUGCAUCUGCAACGUUGAACUGGUCACGGACGACAUGGAGCAGGCGUUGGCCAAAGUGCGUUUGGAUCAAUCCGGCUUCGAGGCGUUGAAGGACGAGUUGGGACCUAGCAGAGAUACGUCUUUGAGGCGCGACGUCAGCUUGAGAAUGUUCCCCGACGAUUUGGAUACCAGCGAGAAGAUGGACGAGAACUUGGACAAUUCCACUGAGAAGGAUUUAACGGAGAGCGAGAUAUUGGAGGCGGCGGCAAUCGAAGAGAUCACGCAGAAAUUGCAUCACAACAUGGACGGUGGCGCGUUGAAAGCUGAUCACAAUGCGAACACUCCGCCACCGAGUCCAGCGGAAUUCAAUUUACCGAAGGAACCGCUCGCUGCUGCUCUAGGCUUUAUUGGUGGAGACAGCAUCGAGCUUCUCAAAAAGAACGUCAGCGACACGCUUACAUUCCUGCACCAGGAACGCAAUGACUUCUUACCGCAGGAGGACAUCAUUAUACCAAGUAGAAAGGACGAUCACGUAGCUAUGGCCAUUGAUCUUGGUUCAAUCAAACGGCUGGACUCUAGGGAUGAUCCUGAAACCUUCAACGACGCCUACAUUGAAUCGGAAAUUGUCCAAGUGAAUGCUUGCACGAUGCGCACGGUUGAGAAUGUCGAAGAACCUAAGAUGGUGGAGCCUUUGGUUCAAAUUAACGUAAUCGAACCUGAUCGCGUCAUCGAAGCUAAAUUCGCUGAAACAGAGAUUGAAGUAGAAACGAAAGUUAUCGAACCCGAGGUUAUCGUUGAAAAUAAUAAUGUAGUUGAAAUAGAAACUGCAGUUGUUGAACCUGAAAUUGUUGUAGAAACUAAAGUGAUUGAGCCUGAAAUUAAGGUAGAAACUAAAGUGGUUGAAUCUAAGGUUGUUGUAGAAUCUAAAGAAACAAAAGAACCUGAGGUGAAAGCAGAAAUUAAAGUUGUAGAUGUAGAACCUAAAGAGGUGAAACCUCUUAGUAAAUCGGCAAAGAAGAAAGCGAGAAAGCAGAAGAAUAAAAUCGUUGCUUUCAGUACGGAAACUGUUGUCGUGGACCCUAAAAUCGAAUCCAGUUCCUUUUUGGAAGAGGAAAUUAACUGCGCACUGCCCGAAACGGAAGUGACGAACCAGCAUAAAGCCGAGAUAGUCGAUGUUCUAACGAAGGAAAUCGUUUUACCCGAAGUUCCAACGGAAGAAAUAACUAUUCGCAGUCCGAAUAAGGAGGAGGUGCACGUCGCAGCCGAGAACGAAGUGUCGGAGGUGAUCAAAAUUGCCGAAGGAGUCGUCAACGAUAUCCAAAACGGUCACAACGAUCCGAUCCUCUCGGCGCAAAUCAAAAGCGAGGAAGCCUUCAAGUUCUUGGAGGACGAAGCCUCCAGUCCCAUAGUGUCCGAUGACGUGGGUUUCGAGAUUCGCGAAACCGCAAAAACCGUUAGCUUCGAAUCGCCUCAGCACAAGAGCAACAUUCCCGUCCCGAAACGGACCAACAACAACAAGACGGAGGACGAGAAAGAUUUGGAUCUCCUGCUGGAGGAGGCGGAACGAAGUAAAAUACCGUUGAAAUCAAAAGUGAAGACGAUCAAGAAGCAUUCGAAAGAUCCGCUGAAGGAGAGGUUCACGAAACUGUCCCUGAAUUGGGACGACGAUGAAGAUUCGCAGCAGCAGCAGCAGCAGAAACAGGAGCAACCGAUCGUUAAGACGACGGUGACGAGGAUAAGAACGGUCUCGUCCUCUUCCUCUCCGGAGGUGGAGGUGUCCGCUCGCAGCAAGAUUCCCGUUCUGAUGACGGAGACGACGAGGAUCGUGACGACGCCCGAAUCCGCCGGCGGUCUCGUAUCGCCGGAUUCGCGGGCCUCUAAAAGUAGCACCCUAGAUUCCGAUUCGGACACGGACAGUAGACGUAGUCCGCCUCUUAAAGGCAUCUUAAAGAAGACUAGCUUUCGAACCGUAGGCAGUUCUAGCGGCUCGGACGUUGCCUUGCACGAGGCCGGCGCAGAACUUAGCGAUAGCGAAUCAGAAGACUUCUACCAACACGAGCCCCAAUUCACGGAGACCAUUGUGGAAGAGGUCGAUCCCAUCACUGGUGCUAGGAUUACGAGGACAGUAAGGACGAUGACGCAGACGUCGCCGGGCGGCGUGAACCAAAUCAAAAUGGACCUGGACGACUCCUUCAUGAAGUUCAUGGCCGAAGAACGUCAUCCGCAGUAACUUCAAUUUAUUAUCUUUUAAUUACAUUACAUUUUAUUUUUUUGGUCCAAUUUGUUUCCUUCUGUUAACAAGGCUUCCGCUUUUUUUUUUUUAAUCAUUAUUUCAAAUGUUACAAGAAGAAAAAACAACGUUAUGUUCGUUUUCAUGUUACUUUUUGUCGAAGAGAACCUAAAC